AUGCAGGUCCCCCUCGACUGCAUCAUUGCUGGGACUGAGAGGCAUGUCCCCUACAGAGGCGUCGCGCAUGGCAAAAGUAUUGGAGGGACUUUUUAUGAGUCUGGAGAACUGUCGAGCCCCCAAGCAAGCUCCUGUUCAAUUUUCUUGCGCAGAGCUCGCUCAUGUGGACAUCAAUUCAUCAAAGCUAUCAAGCUGGUGUGCUGCAACCAAGAUCAAGCCCCUCAUCACACUGCGCAAGAAUCAUCGCUCAGUCCAACACACCACACGCCGUUGGGAGAGGUGGCUGACAUUUCCGAGACUUGCGCAAUAACAUCCUCAAUUCAGGAAAACAUUUCUUUUUCACCCAGUAUCAAUACGGAUUCAUGGUUUCCUCGGCUGGUUUCUCUCGAUCCAUACAGCACAGGUCUGGCGAAAUCCUGCUAG